AUGCGUGGCCCCCCCCACGGCGAAUUGCUCUCUCCAAGUAGAGAGAAGCUUAUGUCUAAAACACACUGUAAUUUCGAGAAGCAUGCAUUUAAGCAUGGCAAAAUACCCUUUAACGCAUUCAGGAGGCCUAAUCUGAAUAUUCCCUCAUUGAAAGAAGACAGCCUUAGUUCACAACCACCCGGUUGUUGGCCUCCCCGUGCUGGGACUGUGUGGAAACACACAAAUCCAACUGAGCGCCAGGAGCUCGAAGCCCUGGGGAUUCCACUGGCUUAUAGGCAGUUUUUUCACAAUAUCCGAACGAGCAUUCGCUCAUACACUGCGUACCGCCUCGUACGUUCCAUGCAGUCCCUCACCCCCUCCUCAGAUUCGCCUUUCGCGGCGCAAGAUGAUUCGACAAGCUGCAAUGAGGCGGUCUUGUGCGCCGUUAAUGCACGACCUCAGCCAUCAGGUUCUGGCCUUCGCGUGGGACUGGCAGUCUUCGACCCUCGCCGCCCCUCCCUCCACGUCGUUGAGCUUUCCAGUGACAGCCACUUGACGUCCAUCGAGGCUAUCCUCAUGCAGGUUGGUGCCGUCUCUGUUUUGGUGCCUUCGGGAGACACUGCCCCUUGGCAAAGGCGUCUGCCGUACGUUGUGCAUGCAGUAGGGGCUGAGCUGCUCGAGGCGAAGCGGACGCUGUUUUCAACGGCUACUUUGAAUCAGGAUCUCGCCUUUUUGAUGCCUUCUGCGGCUCUGAAGCCUGCGGCUGCCAGGGAGUUGCGCUUGGAAACGGCGUGUUCCGCCCUUGCUGCCCUCAUCUCGUACUGGAGUCUGGCGUCCGAUGAGACCCUCUGUCACGCAUGCAGUCUCGACACAUAUCCCGUGGCGUCUUUCCUCAAUCUGGAUGCCGCUGCUGCGGCAGCCUUGCACCUCCUGCCGCAGCAGCAGCAGCAGCUGCUGCAGCCCCGCAUCCUCCCGUGCAACUCGAAGUAUGGGGAGGCGCAUGCAGCGGCCAAAGAUAAACUGAGCGCUGCGGCAGCAGCUUCUGCAGCAGCGGCAGCAGCUGCAAGCAAUGGAGGUCUCUGCGCUAUGUCUGUGUUCGGGCUUUUCUCGCGACGCUGCUGCUCUUCUCUGGGAGCUCGACGGCUGCACUUAUUCAUUUCACAGCCCCUGGUAGAUGCAGACGCUAUUCGAAAGAGGCACGAUAUUGUCGAGGCCUUCAUGCAGGAAGUCUUCCGUCGUGAUGUCUUCCAGCGUCAUUUCAAGCACGUUGCAGAGUUAGACAGGCUGUCAACAAAGCUUCACAGGAUCCACGCGGCUGUCCAGGCAGCCAAGGAAGGCGCCUCAACAAAGCCGCCCUCCUCCGCGCGUCUAGGCGUUGGCGUUGAGGAUCUCGUAAAGCUGUAUGAUUGUGUUGUCGAAUGCAACAGCCUUCUCGGGCCUUUAGGAUCGUAUGCAGGUCCUUGCGCUGCCACAGUGCGCACUGAGAUUCACGACAAGUUGCAUGCCAUCGUGUGCGCCUUUGCGCCAUUCAUUCAGCUCGUUGAGCACUCGAUCGAUCUCGAGGAGGCGAAGAAGGGCAGCUACAUCAUCUCCCAGCGGUUUGAUCCAAGAAUGGGGGAGGCUUUGAAGCGACGUGAUGCCCUCCUUUGCAAGCUGCAGGCGGAGAGGCAGGCAGCGGAGGAGCUUCUUGAUCUUCCCAGAAGGCGGGAGGGGGAUGCAGUGAAGUUGAUUGAGGAUCCCACCUUAGGCUUUGCUCUGCGCGUGGUCAAGAGAGAUCAGCCUGCCGUCCUGGGCCGUAAGAAGGAAUUUCAGCAAGUGCGUCUAAACAAGAAUGAGAUGCUCUUCACAACGAAUCGCGUGAAGCUCCUCGCGGCCAAGCACAGAGAAGUGUGCGAGGAGUAUCAGCAGUUGCAGAGUACUCUCGUGGAAAAAGCUACGCAGGUGGCAGCGACGUACUGGCCGUUGACAGAGCAGCUUGCCGAGUUGCUGGGAACCAUCGACGUCUUAGGGGCCUUUGCUGCAGUAGCACUUAAUGCCCCUGCGGUCUACGUGAGACCGCGCAUAGAGCCUGAGGGCAGCGAGCUGCGGCUGGAGGCGUGUCGACACGCACUGCUGGAGGUGCAGGGUGUGCAGCAGUCUUCGGUGAUUGCGAAUUCAUGCAUCAUGAACGCAGAGAAUGCGCGUUUGCACGUCAUCACCGGACCAAACAUGGGGGGCAAGAGCACAUACAUUCGCCAAGUGGCGCUGUGUGUCUUCCUUGCCCAGAUGGGGAGCUUUGUCCCCUGUGUGUCUUGCACGCUUCCAGUGUUCAAGCAAAUUAUGUGCCGCGUUGGCGCCUCCGAUCUGCAGCUUCGGGGAGUCAGCACGUUCCUCGCAGAGAUGGUAGAAGCCAGCGCUAUUCUCAGGACUGCAGGACCUCAAAGUUUGGUGAUCGUUGAUGAGCUGGGCAGAGGCACGUCCACCUAUGAGGGGUUUGGCCUUGCGUGGGGGAUAGCGAAGGACCUGGUGGAACGCGCGCGCUGUUUCACGCUCUUUGCGACGCAUUUUCUGGAACUGUCGGCGCUGGAGGGGGCGGUGCAAGGCGUCCGAAACUAUCAUGUGAAGGCGGCAGUGUGCAAGGAGAAGCAGCGGAUUACCUUCUUGUACAACCUGCAAGAAGGCCACGCUGAUCAGUCUUACGGCAUUCACGUUGCCCAGUUCGCCGGACUGCCAGAUGCCAUUACGCAGAGAGCUGUGACCAUGAGUCAGCAGCUCGAGGCUGCCGAGAAAAGAGAAAAGCGGAGGAGCGUGGGGGCUCUUGUGGGAGCCGACGCGGGCAGAGACUGCGCUCUUAAGAAGCUCAAGGGCCUCGUGACAAGCGCUUUCGCUGCAGAGACACCCGAAGUGUUUUCGGAAACAGUUCGAAAAGAGGCCUCCGACAUCCGAAACUGCCUUCGCGAGCUCGAGCACUAUGCGCAAACGCAAGUGGCAUCGGCAUAG